AUGUCUUGUGAGUCCAAUAGUCCAGCGGUAGACACCACAGCCACUGCUGCAGCGCCAAAGUUGACGACGCUCAAGGAAGCAAUCGACCGAGAUGGGGUGCCGGCCGCGUCCAGCUCGAAGCAGCGUCGGCUGAUGGACAUUCAUGUCACGGCGUACCCGGGUUUAGUUAAUCAGCACAUGCUUCCAAAGCACAACACCGAUGUCAAUGAUUUCUCCUCGAUUGAUCCACUGCAGUACCGCAAGGCGCACACAGUGCGCAACAACAAUGCCGCCAGCUACACCGAGAAGGAGGAAAACGUGCUAGAUUUGCUCACCACAAACCAAUGUGCCAAUCGCAUGACCCGCCUCGGCAUGCAACUGAGGGAGGAAAGGGCGAAGAACCCUAAAGGCGUGCCGUCGAUCAGCAGUCUUGCGCCGCGUGGCUACCACAGCCGCUUUCUCUCCCCGAGCUUCGACGAGCGGUCCACCUAUCGGUGGGACUACUGUCAGUGGGAGCCGGACGGCUUUCACGACACGGUGCGCCGCGAGCUCCUCGCCGCAUACCGCGACGACUGGACAGAAGACGAGAAGGCGGAUGUGGCCAUCUCCAUGAAGAUUCCGUACUUGACGAUGGCGGUGUCCUCGGACCAACUCAAGGACAAGGCUACGAUCUACCGCAAGGACUUCAUGGAAGACGCAACUCAAGCCGACUACCGCUCGUUGUCCUACAAGACCAACCUCGAAGACCUCGGCACCUCGUACGCCUACUCCGCCUACUCCAUCGAUGACCCACGCCGCAAGGUGCUCUUCGAUGCGUCCGUCGCCGCCCUCAAGACGCCGCACAGUGUGUUGGAGAAGACGUACAGUCCACGCAACUCCUUCCUUGAGAAGAGCUCGUCGGGGAAGCAGCAGUCGGCAGCCCGUGAGGAACUGGACCGCCUGCGUACAUUGCGGCGGGAGGCGCUGCGCCUAUCUGCGGCGAAGCGCCGCGCCGCUGAGUCUACCGAUGACGACAAAACGACGAAAACGGUGGUGAUUCCCGGCCUUAAGGGUACUGGCUACCGUCGCGUGCCAAAUGGCAACGGCUCGUACGUGUGUCUUCCACGUGAUCACUUCUGCUACCAACAGGUGGACAACUUCUAA